AUGGAGCUGGUCCGCGUCGCGAGCCGCCCGCCCGGCGCCGCCCUCGCGGGCGCCGGGUCCGCGCUCGAGGUGUGCUACGGCGCGCGCCACCGGUCGAACACGGCCGCGGCCGUCGUCGACGCGUUCGCGGCCGACGUGACGGUGACCGCGGCCGGCGACGGCGCGCGCGGUCUCGUCCGGGCCGACGAGCUCACGGCCACGUACGCCUUCGGCCGCGGCGCGCGCGCGCUCUUCGCGCGCGGCUCGCCCUACGUCACCGUCGAGCUCGACCGCUCGACGGACGUCGAGCUCGGGUCCGCGGCGGGCGUCGCGUUCGUCGUGCCGCUCGGCGCCGGCGCCGUGCCGGACGACGCGGGCGGCCGGGGGGGCGCCGAGCCGUUGAAGUACCGGCUGACGCAGCGCGACGACUUCGUCUUCCCCAUGACUCUCUACCAGUGCAACACGCUCCACGUCGACAAGACGCGGUCCAACGAGUUCAAGCUGCUCCGCGCGUGGCCACGGGGGGGCGUGAUGGACGGCGUGGACGCGGUCGACGUGCCGUGGCCCUCGGGCGCUGGGACACGACAUGGGUAA